GACAUCCCGUGUGUCCCGCUUGCCGCCUCCCGGUACCGACUCGUUCCCCAGGCAAAUGUGAACCUGUUGAUCCUUUCCCCGAGGUUUCGGUUCCAGUGUGUUUGAGUUCUGAUCCGCGAAAUUAGCUCGCGAUAAUUUCGAACAGGGAUUCGCGAUAGUUACCCGGUAGGAAGCACGAAGUUCGCAUCGCGGGCUCCCUUUUUUUCGACGAUUUAUUUUUAAUAGUGCGUGAAUAAGCGUACGCUGUUAUCGAUUGUUUUCCGUCGACGUUUUGUCCGGGUGCCCAGUUCCAGCAUUACCUGUUGGUUACUUUCACUCGGGAACCAGGAAAUCUAUGAAUCGACGUCAACAAUGCUGAGAAACAUUAAGACACGCAAAUACGUAGAAAUGGAAGAACUUUCGCAAGUUUAAUUAUUGGAGCGGCCCAGAAAUGAGUUGAAGAGGCGAUUUAUGAGUUGCAAUUAGAGGCAUCGCCGGAGAUAGUGGCGCUGAACGAUGAGUUUUUUCAACUCGCUCCAGCAGUAUGUGACGAGCAGUGUUGCGAAUUUGUCCCUGAGCCCGAAGCGGUUCUCCCUGUCGAAGGAGUCCUCCUCGGAAAUCCCGUCCGUUGGCUCGGAAGAGGGCAAUGGAAACGGGAGUCGAAGUGGCUCGACGGGAAGUGUCAACGCACCCCCUUUGGGUUUUCCAAAAGUUGUUCCUCCCCCUGGAACCUCGACCCCUCCUCGCAGGAGAACACUCGAGGGCCCCAAAAGAACCGGCUCCUUCAAGCAAGCAUCCCAGCAUAGACGCCCGUUAUUCUUCUGCAAGAGGCGUUUGUCCUGGCCAGAGGUCGAUCAGCAAGCUACCUCAGGGGUUCAAGAGACUGAUGGACAAUUUUUCGAGAAAUACACUUCUCUAAUAUGGAAGUUAGAAAAUAGGCGAUUAAUGGCAAUUCAGGACGUAGCUGAGGAGGAAAAGCCGAUUCCAGAUGAACUAGUAUUAGGUGUCAUACCACCAUCGCCGCGCAGGAUUUCCUCCAAAGAGUUGGAGCAGUUAUACAUUGAAGUGCUGUACACGAUCACGAAUAAAGUUGGAGCAUCUAGUGGACCUUACUCCUAUUACAAAGAGGAGCUUUAUCAAUAUGCUCAGAAGGCUUUUGGGAUCACGAAUGAACAGCAUCGAAGGUAUAUGGCCAUUGCCUCGGAAGAAAAGCCACCCAUAAUCGUACUGAAUGUAGUUGUGAUCGAAGCAGAAAAUUUGGAAGCAAAAGAUGCAAACGGUUUCAGCGAUCCAUUCUGCAUGCUGGGAAUCCAGCCGGCUUAUCCAAGUCCACAGUCUUCCCCAUGCUCACCCGCAGGGCCCAGCAGAUCAGCCACCAACUGUCGGGCCCUCUCCGAAGGUGGACUCGAUCCUAUGGACAAUAAAUAUGAGCACCACGAUAAACUCAGGAAACACCAUAGCUUCAGGCUUAGUUUCAAAAGGAAAGACAGACGAGAACACCGAGAUAGUAUUUCUGCUGUACCUGCAAAGUUCAUUCGAGCCACGAGUGUAAGGCCGCACACUUUGAAUCCGAGAUGGAACGAGAAAUUUCGAUUUGAUAUUGACGACGUAUCCUCUGAUAUUCUUCAUCUCGACAUUUGGGAUCAUGAUGAUGAAUCAUCAGUGUUUGACGCUGUCAGUAAAUUGAACGAAGUCAGAGGAGUCAAGGGUCUUGGACGAUUUUUUAAACAAAUAGCCCAAAGUGCGCGAUCUGGUAGUCAAGAUGAUUUUCUAGGAUGUGUCAAUAUUCCUUUACAGGAUUUACCGUCAACUGGUCGAGAGGGCUGGUACAAGCUGGAGGCUCGAACACAAAGGUCGAACAUCCAAGGUCGUAUCAGGCUGAAAUUGUGGCUUUCUACGAGAGAGGAUAGAGGUACAUCCGAGGAGGAUAACUGGUCCGAUCUGAAGCAGCAAGAGAGACUGUACACUGUGUUCAUUAAUUAUGAAAUGUCCAAAUGUCACAACGGGGAAUUAUGGAGUGGAGAAUUACCUCAUGUUGCUCUGAUGAUUUUGCAUCAACAUGCAAUUCAGGGUGAUGUUACAGAAUUACAAUUAGCUGCAGUCCGUUGGUCUGCAUUUAGCCGCUCAUCAAAUUUAGACCUCAAGAUUUUGUAUGAUCAUCUUUCUGAACUUGAGAGGAUGUGGAAUUCUGACACUUUAUCAAAAGAAGAGGAGGAUUGGUUGGCUGAGUCUUUUAAUGUGUUUUUAGAUUAUUCCCUUCAACUCAUCUCGAAACACCGUUACCUAUUCCCUCCACACCAUAGAAUUUCAAUGAACCGACUCCAAAGUCUUCUCAGGUGCUUGGGGCUUUUAUCAUCAACUAAAGCGUUUUGGAAAUGUUGUCCAUUCAACAAGCAAGUUCGUGGGGAAAUCAUCUCUGCCUUGAAGAAAGGAACAUUAGAAUGGUAUGAGGAAACAUACAGAGGUGUUGCUGGUCAUCCAGGUGAUCCAGAAUCAAAAGUUAAAUCUCUGGCGAAACUGGUCACAGCCAUGCUUGUUGAUCUUCAAAGAGGACUUCAUCAUUACAACAGCUUAUUUGAAAGUACAAAUGGAGUGCCAUAUUUUUCUUCAACGUACAAACAAUUAGAGAAGUUGAUGGCCAAGGAUUUUACAAAAGUAAUGGAAGGAUAUAUUAAGAUGCUCACAGACCUUGGACAAGAAAUAAAAGCAGCUUGUGAUCAGUUGGUUCAAAUGGAUGUAAACUCUGAACCACCCAAAUUGCCCUUAGAUGCUCAAGUUUCCACUCCAAUUUUUGAAUUGUACUUAGCCGUUCAGGAAUUUGCCAGCAUGCGUGAAAACUUACCUGAUCAUAAAUCAAUGCCAGUCCAAAACUUCUAUCAAUGGUUUGAACCCGCUGUAGAUAAAUGGCUAGAUUUAGCAAAAGUGAUGGCCAUGCAACGAAUUCACAAAGCGAUGGAACUCAAUAAAGUAUGUAGUGGCGAACUGAUAGUAAAGCACACAACUUCUGCCAUAGACACGAGUGCCUGUUUUUAUCAAAUGAAAGAAUUCUGGAGGCAUUUAGCCUGGCCUGAUUUGGUUGGUUCUUACGGUUUAGUGAUGAAACUAUUAGACAAUAUUUGCCGAGGUGCACACUAUUAUGCUCAGCUUGUUCAAAAAAAGCUACAUGACUCUGGAUACUAUGAAGAUAGCGGACCGUUCAGAACUAGUGAUGAGGUUUGCACUGCAGUGAAUGACUUAGAGUACGUGCGACGAGGACUCACCGUGCUACCAGAUGAAUUACAAAUAGAAGAAAUACUCGAUGCCGUUGAACAAACGGGUGACACCACCAAUCGUUGGCGUGACGCAAUGUACGCCCUAUUAGACACAACAAUCAAUCAAUUAGAGGCAGAUGUCUUGCUCAUCAUCACAAGAAUUGGAAUGAAGAUGAGGCCGUCCCUGAAGAAAGCUAUUUUUCAUUUAGCAUGGUCUCCCGACUCAUUGCCAACGUACGAUGCCAUUACUCCUCUACUAGAAUAUUUAGAUAAUCAUCUUUUAUCUUUAAACUCUAUGUUGCUGCCACGAAACUUUGAGCGGGUUCUAAAUAAUGUUUGGGAAGUCUCUUUAUCUGAGCUUGAUCAUCAAAUGGAUGGCAAUGUUGGUGACAAAAUGGCUGGUUUUUAUGAAAGACUGUAUGAAGCCUUAGAUAUUUUGGUUGAUUUUUUUCAUGCUGAAAGUAAAGGGUUGCCAAUGGAAAUUCUAACAGGAGAGAUGUACAAAGCUGUAAAACUAAGACUGCAAUAUAAUAAGACAGACACCGAGACGCUAAUCUUGCUGUACUAUCAAGAUCGUUUGCGAGAGCAGUUAAUGACGGAAAGCACGGAGUAUGGAGUCCUCUCAGUUCGAGCCUACUACCAUCAUGAUUCUCUUUGUGUAGAAGUUUUGAAUGCUCGAGAUGUAAUACCUCUUGAUCCAAAUGGAUUCAGUGAUCCAUUUGUAAUUGUUGAGUUGCUUCCUAGAUCUCUCUUCCCAUACUGCUCUGAGCAACUGACAAAUGUUCAAAAGAAAACUCUCAAUCCUUUGUUUGAUGAAUGUUUUGAAUUCUCUGUCACUCUUGAGCAGUGUCGCACAGACGGAGCAAUGCUAGCGUUCACAGUAAUGGAUCAUGAUGUGUUAACAGCAAAUGAUUUUGCUGGUGAGGCAUUUUUAUCAUUGGGGAGCAUACCAGGAGUCACCAGUGCAGGCUCAUCAGACAAUUUUCAUGGAUUGAAACAUGUGGAACUGUGUCUCAUGCACCAAAAAAAUAAAAACCAUCCUGUUUUACAAGCCUUAGAGGUGAGAACUUGGGACAAAGUUGCUCAGGAAUUUGUCAAGAAACAAAAACCACGAAUAGCAGGAUCCUCUUAAACAUAGAUCUCUUUACAAGACCCCACUGUGUACAGCCAUUUACCCA